AUGAACACAGCCGCCGUUAGAUCCGAUCAACCUGGCUGGGGUGCCCUUUGCGUCGCCGGUGGCGGAGCCUACUACUUCGCGAAGAAGUCGAUCAACGCCGACCGCGCUUCCCGGUUCGAAGCAGAGAUGAAGCGCAAGGCUCAGCUCGCCGCAAUGGAGGCCGAACAUCGUCGUCAGGCCGCGGUGAAUGAGCCCGUACCCACGCCGUCCGAAAAUCCCAGCUUGAAGAGAGCCAACAUGGCGCGGUACCAGAGUGCUGCGGAUGAUGUAGCGUCGCCCAGCACAGAGGCUAGCCACGACCCGGCACCGACGCGUCACGAACCUGAAACAGAAGCUCAACGCGUGCUGGAGAAGGGCAAGUACGAGGCGGCUCAGCCGUUCCGGCCUCCUAAAGGAAAUCGAUUGGCCCAAACUGGUGCCAAAACCGUACUGCCAUCGAAACAUAUGCAGUUUAAAUCGGCAUACAGAAGACAUUAUUUCAUGGUAUCAAUUAAAUCUUCAUGUGAUCUUCAAGGCCCAGUAUCUCGGACCAAGGAAAUGCUUUAA